AUGCGCCCGCGUACUGAGGAGAGCCGCAAGCUAGACGAUGCCGAGCUUGAUUCGGGCGACGAUGAGGGACGGACAGACCGUGUCAGAGCACCAGAAGCUCUGGAGGAGACUGAGCAGCAGACGUUUGCGUAUAUGGACGCAGACCUCGCGCGACAUGCCAUUCCCGAGCCCACCGACAACGAGCUCUAUCUGCUCAAAGUCCCGCGCUUUCUCUCAUUCGAAGACAAGGCGUUUGAUCACAAGACAUUCCAACCGCCCACCACCGACCACCACUCCAAGGUUUCUGCCUCCGAACACUUCUCCGCCUAUCACACUGCCAUGACUACUGUCCGAUGGCGGCGCUCGCCCUCUAACAAUGCCCUUUUGCAGUCCAACGCGCGCAUUCUGAGGUGGUCAGACGGCUCCCUUACUCUCCAACUUGCGAGCGACCCAACCGUCCAAUACGACAUUGACGCAACCACCUUAGCCCCGCCGCAGAUUAACCCGAAGAUACCUACGCCGACGGCUAUCAAAGAGGACAAGAACGGUGCCAAGAAGAGUUCCAAGAAGGAGAGCUACACAUACCUGGUCGCGCCAUAUGAGGAAGCAAACGUCAUGCGUGUUACUAACAAGCUUACCGCACAUCUCAGCGUUGUACCCGCCGCGAACACAAAAGACGCCGCCCUGGAAAAGUUACAGAAUGACCUUGCCAAGGUUGCGUCAAAGGGCCGCGACGAGGCCGACCAAGCCAUAUCCUUCAUCAACGUGGACGAGGACCCAGAGCUCCGCCGCCAGCGCGAAGAAGCCACAUUCAAAGAGAAGCAGCGACAACUGCGCGCCCGCGAGAAGCACGAAGCGCGCCAGGCCGAACGUGCAAAUCGCACCAUGGGUCGAACGGGCGGUCGCGGCGCAGGUGGUCUCGAUAUCGAUGGACUGGAAGACCGUCCAGCCCGAAAACAACAAGCAAAGAAGGGAGGCUUACGGCGUGAUUGGAGCGAUGACGAAGACUACGGUGGUCCGAGAAGGAACCGCGAGGAUGACUAUGACGAGGAGGAUGACUUCAUCGCUGCUAGUGACGAGGAACCAGAGAUCGUUGACGACGACGAUGACCCAGAUGAAGGCAUCAGGGCCAGUCCGAAGAGGGGAAGGGGCGGUGCAGCAGCAGCAGCAGACGAUGACGACGAUGACGACGUUGUGGUCAGUCGUACGAAGCGGAGACGUGUGGUUGACGACGACGAAGAUGAAGAGUAG